AUGGUGGACCUCCCUCCAGACCCACACGUUUUCGACCUCUGUUCCCCGAUCGCAUACAACUACCACACAAGGAAUCUCCUCUCCACAACAGACUGUGAUGAAGAUAGCUUUUAUCGCUACACAUCAGGACGCUGGCUUUGGAAUGAGAAGGAACAGCUUUCUCGCCGCUAUGUCGAGUUCAAUCUUUCAAAACUCGUCAAGAUCGCGACCCAGGCGACAGGGUCUAUGUCCUGCGUCGAAGUGAAGAAGCUUUCAGAGGGGAACUUUAACAAGGUCUUUUUUCUUACCAUGAACGAUGGGAAGGAAUUCAUUGCAAAGCUCCCAAAUCCUAAUGCUGGACCUCAAUACUUUACCACGGCUAGUGAGGUCGCGACCAUGGACUAUGUUCGAAAUGUACUCAAUAUUCCAGCCCCCGUGGUGUACGCUUGGAGCCCCUCUGCUGAAGAGAUUGGAGCCGAGUAUAUUAUAAUGGAGAAGAGCCCGGGAGUGGAACUUGGCAAGCUGUGGGAUGAUAUACCGGGUCCUGACAAAUUCGAAAUCGUUCAACAACUCAUUGGAUUUGAGAAAGCACUUGUAUCCACUCGGUUUCCUAUGUACGGAAGCCUAUAUUAUGCAAAGGACCUUUCCGAAGUUCAAUCAGAUCAGAUGAUUGACCUUGGAGCUAAAAAGAGCAAUAUGGGCUUGGAUUUUGCGGUUGGUCCGACCACAAAUCGAAUGUUUUUCGACGAUGGGAGAAAUGCUGUUGAUGCAAGCGUACACCAAGGGCCCUGGGCAUCCGUUGAGGAUUACGUGUGUGAUCGUGUUCGCCGUGAACUUGCCUGUCUACAGACCUUUACACAUUUCCCACGUCAGCAAGGCCUUUUUUCUGGGCCUGGUCAAUACCAGCCCACCGCUCAACGCAAGCAAGACACGCUGCGGAAUUAUCUCAAAGUGGCUAGACUUUUAUUACCAGAAGACAAAGAAGUAUCCAAACCUGCUUUAUGGCACCCCGACUUGCACGGGGAUAACAUCUUCGUGAAUCCGGAUCAACCAACGCAGAUUCUUUCUAUUAUUGAUUGGCAGGCUGUGAACCUGUCACCUCUAUUUCUUCAAGUCCGUCAUCCAGGCCUGAUUGAAUUCGAUGGGCCCAUCCCCGAGGGACUACAAUCUAUCAGUCUACCCGAGAAUUUCGAUGAGCUCAGCGUGGAAGAGCAGCUCGAGGCGAAGAAGCUUCGUGCUGCUCAGUCUCUCUAUAAACUUUAUGAUAUCCAGAUGAUGCAGGACUGCCCCGAGGUUGCAGCCGCAUUGCGGUUCAAAGAUUCACUUGCUGGCCAAAUCACCGGCCUUUCCGGCUCUCUCUUCAGUGACGGUGAACCAAUUGUUCAAGGCAUGCUCAUAAAACUACAGGAAGAAUGGGCAACUCGUGUAGGGUCGACCGUCCCAUGUCCACUUUCUUUUACCGAGAAGGACAAACAAAAGCAACAGGAGGACGAGGAAAAGUGGGCGAGUGGGGUUGUACUAAUGGAGGAUUUCAUUGAUCAAGUCGGCGUAUACCGGGGAUGGGAUGGCUGGGUGAACCACGACAAUUAUGAGCACUACAAAGUGCGGCUGGAACAGUGUCGGCAUGAACUUUUGAAUUCUCAAUGCACUACAAGUGAAGAGAGAAGGCAGUGGGAAGCAGUAUGGCCAUUUGCAGACAACCGCCAACCAUGA